AGGAGCACUGAUUGAAGGGAGCGAGCACGGCCAUCUUAGGGCUGCCGUGGUAACCGACACUCAUCUUCUUCUGGAUGUUAUUUCUCCUCUCAGAGAAACGCGGCGCCUGACUGACGAGGGGAGAAGACGAAGGCUGUGUUUGACUUCGCGGCGGUUAAACUCGAAGUCGGGAUGCGGUUCGGAGGGGAAAAACGAUUCGCAUCCGCUGUCGGACUGGUCCUCGGACUAUUAUGCGCCGUGGAGGCAGCAGCUAAAGUCAAUAAGCACAAACCAUGGAUUGAGACGACAUAUCAUGGGAUUGUGACAGAAAAUGAUGACAAAGUUAUUCUGGACCCUCCUCUAAUUGCACUGGACAAGGACGCUCCUUUACGCUAUGCAGAGAGUUUUGAGGUGACCCUCACUAAAGAAGGUGAGAUUUGUGGCUUCAGGAUCCACGGGCAGAAUGUCCCCUUCGAGGCAGUGGUCCUGGACAAGUCCACAGGCGAGGGGGUUAUCAGGGCCAAGGACAAGCUGGACUGUGAGCUACAGAAGGAGCACACCUUCACCAUCCAGGCCUACGACUGUGGAGAAGGUCCUGAUGGUGCCAACAUGAAGAAAUCACACAAGGCGACUGUCCACAUCCAGGUGAACGACAUCAACGAGUACUCACCAGUGUUUAAGGAGAAAACCUACAAAGCCACCGUUAUUGAGGGAAAGAAGUACGACAGCAUCCUGAGAGUGGAGGCAGUGGAUGCUGACUGCUCCUUCCAGUACAGCCAAAUCUGCAACUACGAGAUUGUGACCCCUGACGUCCCUUUUACUAUUGACAAAGAUGGCUUCAUCAAGAACACAGAGAAGCUGAGUUACGGCAAAGAGCACAUGUACAAGUUGACCGUGACCGCAUACGACUGUGGAAAAAACCGAGCUUCUGAAGACGUGCUGGUCAAGAUUAGCAUCAAGCCCACCUGCAAACCCAGCUGGCAAGGCUUCAACAAAAGAAUUGAGUAUGAGCCUGGCACUGGUAGCCUGGCUCUAUUCCCCAGCAUGCACUUAGAGACCUGUGAUGUGACAGUCACCUCCAUCCGCGCCAGUAUCGAACUGGAAACCAAUCACAUUGGGAAGGGCUGUGAUCGCGAUACCUACUCCGAAAAGUCGCUGCACAAGUUGUGUGGGGCCAGCUCUGGCACUGUGGAGCUCCUUCCUGCACCAAGCAGCUCAGCCAACUGGACCGUUGGUCUGCCUACGGAUAAUGGGCAUGACAGUGACCAAGUGUUUGAGUUCAAUGGCACCCAGGCCAUCAAGGUUCCCGAUGGUCUGGUCAGCACCAACACGAAGGAGCCCUUCACCAUCUCUGUCUGGAUGAGACAUGGCCCCGGUGCCCACGAGAAGGAGACCAUCCUCUGUAACUCAGACAAAACAGAUAUGAACCGGCAUCACUACUCGCUCUACGUCCACAACUGCAGGCUGAUCUUCCUCCUGCGCCAGGAUCCAUCAGAGGCUGAGAACUACAAACCAGCAGAGUUUCACUGGAAACUCGACCAGGUGUGUGACAAAGAAUGGCAUCACUAUGUGCUCAAUGUGGAGUUCCCUACUGCGUCUCUCUUUGUGGAUGGAACCACCUUCGAGCCCUUCAUGGUGACGGAGGACUACCCACUGCACGCCUCAAAGAUCGAAACUCAGCUCACAGUUGGGGCCUGCUGGCAAGAAAACUCAGGACAUGACAAUGACACUGAAACAGUCCCUGAGACCACCUCAGGUGGAAAUGCCAGAAUGGCUCAGUUUUUCCGAGGGAAUCUCGCAGGCCUGAUCAUCCGCUCUGGCAAACUAGAGAACAAGAAAGUGAUUGACUGUUUGUACACCUGCAAAGAAGGACUCGACGUUCAGCUGCCUGAGGAGGUAGCUUCAGCUGUCAAGGUUGAAGUCAACCCCAACCAGUCCUCUCUGACCAUGGAAGGUGACGACAUUGGUGCCUUUGACAAAGUCAUGCAGCAUAUCUCCUACUUAAACUCCCGUCAGUUCCCAACGCCUGGCAUCAGGCACCUUCGUAUCUCCACCACCGUCAAAUGUUCCAACGAGGACGCCUGCGUAAUCGUUCCAGAUGCUGAAGGUUAUGUGAUGGUGCUGCAGCCGGAAGAACCAAAAAUCAGCCUGAGUGGCAUUGACCACUUCGCUCGCAGCGCUGCUGAAUUUGAGAGCCCAGAAGGGGUGACCCUGUUCCCAGAGCUUCGUAUUGUAAGCACUAUCACUCGAGAAGUGGAGGCCGACACAGAGUCUGAAGCUGCAGAGGGAGCUGACGAUGACCCCACCGUCCAAGAGACAGUCGUGUCGGAGGAGAUCAUGCACAACUUGGACACGUGUGAGGUGACCGUGGUGGGAGAUGAGCUGGACGGAGAGCACGAGAGCCUGGAGGUGGACCGCUCUCAGCUGCAGCAGCGUGCCUUGGAGAUGAGCUCAUCAAACCUGGGCCUUGUCAUCACCGGUGUGAACACCAUGGCCAACUACGAGCAGGUCUUGCACCUUAUCUGCUACAAGAACUGGCACACCGAGGUGCUUUUUGACAGGAAAUUCAAACUGGUCUGCUCCGAGCUCAAUGGUCGCUACAUCAGCAACGACUUCAAGGUUGAGGUGAACGUGAUCCACACGGCCAAUCCUGUGGAGCAUUCGAACAAUGCCAUGGUGCAGCCCAACUUUAUUAACCCAGUUCAUCACGCCUCUGUGGAUCUGUCUGGGCACAACUUGGUCAACGCUCACCAGGCCUCAGUGAUUCCCAGUGCUGCCACCAUUGUCAUUGUGGUGUGUGUUAGCUUCCUGGUGUUUAUGAUCAUCCUGGGCGUGUUCCGCAUCCGAGCCGCACACCAACGCACCAUGAGAGAUCAGGAGAGCGGCAAGGAGAACGAGAUGGACUGGGACGACUCUGCCCUCACCAUCACAGUUAACCCCAUGGAGACGUACGAGGACCAGCACAGCAGCGAGGAGGAGGAAGAGGAGGAGGAGAGCGAGGAUGGAGAGGAGGAAGAUGACAUCACGAGCGCUGAGUCAGAGAGCAGCGAAGACGAGGAGGGCGGGGAGCCGGAGGACCAGCAGGGGACCAGCAGACAGCAGCAGCUGGAGUGGGACGACUCCACCCUCACCUAUUAGAAUGAAACCCAACAUAAGUUCUGAUAAACACACACGCAUAUAAAACGGAGUCACACUCACCGCUUCACGCACACCAUGCAGUUUCAUGUCUAGGAGCCAUGAUGUAAAAACAAAACAAAAAAAAA